UUUCCCCCGGGGCCCUCGCCCAGCGCCUGCCUCCGUGGGCCCGGGGACUAGGGGCUCGGCGGCAUGGAGAAGUACGACGACCUGGGCCUGGAGGCCAGCAAAUUCAUCGAAGACCUCAACAUGUACGAGGCCUCCAAGGACGGGCUGUUUCGGGUGGACAAGGGCCUGGGCAACAACCCCGAGUUCGAGGAGACCCGCCGGGUGUUCGCCACCAAAAUGGCCAAAAUCCACCUACAGCGACAGCAGCAAGAGGAGCUCCUCGCCGCUGCCUCCGGCUCGCUCAACGGUGGCAUUGGGUUUGGCGCCCAGCACCAGCCUCCUGGCAUCCCUGUCCACCGGGUUGCUCCUGGCAAAUCGCACGGGGGAGACCAUAUGGCCAAGCCGCCCCUGGCCACUUCACUGGCCGCAUCCAUGUGUGCGGCCCAUCAGCUGGCUUUUCCCAGUCAGCCACAGAUGCUUCCCGAGGGACAGCGUACCAGGUUAGGCCACGACGGCAAAAGAGCCAGUGGUGAAUAUGGCUGUAGCGAGGGGCUGGGCAAUUCUGAGCUCUCUGGAGGAUACGGGUUUCACCGAGCGGCGAAUCCUGGUGCUGCCAGACCGUCUUUCCCUUCUCUUUCUCAUGGAGAGUAUUGCAACGACGAGGGCCAAACAGGUCUGCGGGGUUGGGGAGGAGACCCUGACAAGGUGUCCAUGCCGAGGUCUGGUAUGGGGAAUACGCAGUCAAAUGUUAAUCGCAGCGAUCAGUUACCGAGGAGCCCCACAAAGCCCCAAGCUGAUCCUCACCUUUAUCAGCAUCAGCAGUCCCUAGGCUCCUGCCGGUCUUCUGAGAGCGGGUACGGGAGCCCAGAAAAUGGGAGUGAAGGCAACAGACUCAGUCAAGGCUAUGAUCAAAAGCCAGCUAGUCAGAGGUCUUCCUCUUUCUCUCACACUCCAACAGCCUUGUCCUCCUCCACAGGGUUUGAGGACCAGGUCAGAGCAGGACUGCCACAGCAGAGAUCUUCCUCUUUUUCAGUCCCAUCAAAAUUGCCUGCUCAGGGUCUUUCAGCUUGUUCUGAUCCGUACAACACAAAUGCCAGAGCGGAGAUGCCAGCCUCGGGCAUCUCAGACAAAACGAGUGAUAACAACCAGUUAUGGUACCACGACCAUCCUAGAUCCUUCUCUUCCAGUUCAGCUUCUGCUCUGUUGCCUCCAAGUGUGGACUAUCAGCAAGCCAGUGCUUGUCCCAGCUCCACUGGCCAUUUCAUAGUUCAUGGUCAAAAUCACAGGCUUACUUCCACUGGCUGUGGCAUAAGCCCUGAGCACACUUCCACUGACAUAGCUUCACAUGGGCCAAUGAUUUCUGAUGCUCCAAAAUCUCCAUUUAGAGAGGGCAUAAACAGUCUGCCAUCUGACUCUGGGCAUCAGGGAAACUCCAGUUCUACAAAAGUAAAAUUACCGUGCCAAACCCUCCUUCCACAGCAGGAGCAAGGGCCAUCUGCAGCUGAAUUAAAAGUAGAAGCACUUACCCAGCGUCUGGAGCAGGAGAUGGAUGCUCGUCCCAAGGCUGAUUACUUUGGAACCUGUGUAAAAUGCAACAAAGGCGUGUAUGGAGCCAACCAAGCCUGCCAAGCCAUGGGGAAUCUCUACCAUGAUGGUUGCUUCACUUGUGGAGCGUGCAGUCGAAAACUGAGAGGAAAAGCCUUUUAUUUUGUCAAUGGAAAGGUGUUCUGCGAAGAAGACUUCUUGUAUUCUGGUUUCCAGCAGUCAGCUGACAGGUGUUUCAUUUGUGGCCAUUUAAUAAUGGACAUGAUCCUGCAGGCUCUAGGGAAAUCAUACCAUCCAGGCUGCUUCCGUUGCGUGAUCUGUAAUGAGUGUCUGGAUGGAGUGCCCUUCACUGUAGACACAGAAAACAAAAUCUACUGUGUCAGAGACUACCACAAAGUUUUGGCUCCCAAGUGUGCAGCAUGUGGACAUCCCAUUUUGCCAUCUGAGGGGUCUGAUGAGACCAUUCGAGUUGUGUCUAUGGACAAGGAUUACCAUGUGGAGUGUUAUCACUGUGAGGAUUGUGGGAUGGAACUAAAUGACGAGGAUGGGCAUCGCUGUUACCCGCUAGAGGAUCAUUUGCUUUGUCACUCCUGUCACCUGAAGCACAUAGAGAAGGGCACGACUCCCUCCCCUGUGUACCUGCAUCACUACUAGUUGGCACUGCACAUUUGUUGGAAGCCUGUCAGACAGUGCAUGUUUAUCCCUAGUUGAUUUCCAGCCCACAUUUUCCCCAAUCAGCAGUUUUUGCAGUUGGAAGAUAAAGAGGCUUUUAGUUACAUUUGCAAGGACUGUGUGCAUGUGAACUCUUCCCUGUGUCACAUGAUGUCCAUCCGAAACAAGAACAUGGAACAUUAUCCAGCUGGUCAUCUUUUUUUCCCCCAAAAGGCAUUUUAUUCACUUGGGAAGAUUUUUCAGUAAAAGCACAGCUCUCCAUCAACAUCAGUGAGCUUGUAACAUGCCAUGCACAAUUAAUGAGCCACAGACCUGCUGGGAACAUUUCUUCAGGCUUCUAAGUGGUUUCUGACAAGCACAUUUCAUUGAAUCCCUUGAGGAUAUCAACUUAUUAAUACUGACUCUUUGACUUCCCUUUUUAAGUUUUCAAAAAAAGUUUAAUGCACAAAAGCACAUCCAGACCUUUCAUUUGCUACCCAGAGCUCUGGUAUCAGCUAGGUUGUGAAAUAAUUGUGACAUAGGAAGGUGAUUUGCCACUUGGCUACUGAAUUUCCACAUCCCAAAGAUUAUUAAAAACAAACCCCACACACAAAACAGCAAACCGGAGCAAACUCUAUUAAGGCAUCUUGGCACGUGUCCCUGUAUUACUGCUUGCUUAUUAGCAGGAUACAUAUGGAUCAGCUUCUAUAAAGUCUGACUAGUGGAUUACAGUUGGAAAGGUCUAGAUGCCAAAAGUAUCUGAGAGGGAAAUCCACCUGCCUUUCUGUCUUGCAGAGGUCAGUUUAAAAAAGAGCUUGGUGCCUCCAGCAGCCUGCGUAAGCCUUUCAUUUUGUUCCUGGAGCUCAGAUAUCAGCAUUGCUGUGAAAUAGGUAUGAGUCAGAAAGGCCUGGUAUUUAGUUCU